AUGGUACGUCGAACUCGCAAGCUGUUAACGGUGGCCGUUUCUUUGCUUGUAUUUAUAUUUAUUCUUUUAAAGCUUCUUCUAUAUUCUCAAAAAUACUUGUACCUUCUACCGACAAAGCAGGCCAGUACUUUGUAUUUGAAUCAGCAAGAAAUUGAAGCAAGUUCGAAGUCUUCCACGGCCUCCCAAACGACAGCGAUUCCUAAAAUAAUUCACCAAAUUUGGAAAGAUGAAAAUAUUCCUGAAAAGUGGUCAGGUUCUGUAAAUUCAUGCCGAGCCCAACAUCCAGAGGAGGAUGGGUGGACAAUAAACCUUUGGACUGACGAAAAGGCCUUGUCUUUUAUGGAAACGCAUUAUUCAUGGUUUAUGCCUAUUUAUAAUAGUUACCCUUAUGAUAUUCAACGAUUUGAUGCUGUUCGCUACUUCAUCAUAUAUCAUUAUGGAGGUGUGUACAUUGAUUUAGAUGUAGGUUGUCAAAAACCUAUGGAUCCUUUACUUGAUCAAGCAACCUUUUUGCUUCCUGUGACUGAACCGAUUGGGUAUAGCAAUGACUGGUUUGCUGCUACUCCAAGACAUGCGUUUCUUUACAAAGUGAUUACUUCUUUGUCCAAAUUUAACCAUCAGUAUUUUACGAAAUACCCAACCGUAUUGCUAAGUACGGGCCCUUUGUUCAUUUCCAUUGCACUCUGCCAGUACUUGUCAGAGCCACAUAACACGGUGCGAAGUCUUCCUCCACCUAUGUAUGCAAAUGGUCCGAUUUCUUUUUUCUCCCAUGUUUAUGGUAGUAGUUGGCAUGGAUCCGAUGCCAGUGCAUUUUUUUGGAUGCAGAACCAUAUAUUUUAUGUUAUUAUGCUCGUUACCGUAUGUAUUUUAUUGUUGCUUUUUGUACUCGUCAAAGUCUUCACUGUUCGCCGAAGGAAUAGAAACCAGCGCCGACGAGUAAUGCAACAAGAACUUAAUCCUUAG